AUGUCAGCCAACGACAACACAACUCAGCCCUCCCUCGUCGGCGGCCACGCCGAAUACGUCAAGGGAGUCGUCGAAGGCACAGUCGGCACCCUCACCGGCUCCAAGGCAUGGCAAGACUCCGCCGCCAAGGACAAGCAAGCCGGCAUCGACGACAUGAAAGCCGCCAGUGCGAACAGGGAUCCCAACCAGAGUGGACUCGGCAAGGUCGAGGAGGUCGCUGGCAAGGCGGUGGGAUGCGAGGGAAUGGAGAAGGAAGGUGCGCAGAGCAAGACGCAGUAG